UUGGAUGGUAUCAAGUGUGCAGUAUCGGCAGGUGACGCGGCCCUACUGAUAACAUGUUUUAUUAUCAGUGCUCAGUUCAGUUCAGAGCCGUGCCAAUAGUAUUUUUCUGCCCAUUAGAAAUAGUGUGUGUGAUUAAAAUAAUUUUCGUCGGAUAACAUAUAUAAAAUGAUUCGGGAAUUGUCGCCGGAGCUGGCUAAAAUAGCUCGUGAGGAGCUGAAUGAGAAACCGACACAAAUUGAAGAAGACUUGCGGAGUUUGAAAGAAUGGAUCCACAAGCAGCCUCAUUUGAUCGCCAGAACCGAUGACCAGUGGCUGGUAGGCAUGUUGAGGGGAUGUAAGUUUAGCUUGGAGAGAGUGAAGAAGAAGCUGGAUCUGUACUACACCCUGAAAACUACGGCGCCAGACAUCACAAUGCGGAUCAGACCCACGGAUCCAAAAUUUUUGGAUGUCUUACGAUUAGGAGUUUGCAUCUUUUUGCCGAAGCCCAAAUCCCAGUUAUAUCCUCGAGUGCUCCUCAUCAGAGCUGGAGCGUAUGAUCCAGAGAAGAAUAAUGCCGCUGAUAUAAUGUGCAUUUUGUACUAUUUGGUUCAGAUUGUUCUUAUGGAGGAUGAUGUUGCCACUGUUAUCGGUACUAGGGUACUUGUAGAUUAUCAAGGAGUUACUAUGAAUCAUUUUACACAAGGAACUCCUAUUCUCAAGAAAAUGGUAGCUGUCAGUCAAGAUUCUAUGCCCUUACGCUUAAAGGGAAGCCACCACAUGAACAUGCCAGCUGGUAUCGAGACAAUCUUAAACCUUAUUUCUACAUUUUUAAAUGAAAAAACUAAAGAAAGGAUAAGAGUCCAUAAAUCACACCAGGAUUUAUUUGAAUUUCUCCCCAAAGAAAUAAUCCCAGCAGAAUAUGGUGGUGAUGGUGGAACUAUAACACAGAUUUCAGAAUACUGGGUGUCCAAAAUGAUAGAGUACAAGUCUUGGAUGCAACAAGAGGAGCAACUGGGAACAGACGAAUCCAAGCGGCCAGGGCCCCUCUCGGGCAAAAACGAGUUCAGUACCGAAGGAUCUUUUAGGAAAUUAGAUAUAUUUCACAAGAUGACAGUGCGACCGCUGUCGGCAGCUCUGCUCAAGAAAGCUCAGAAGGAGAUUAAUGAAAACCCGAAGAGAGUGAACUCCGACAUCAAAGCCUUGAGGGAGUGGCUGGAUAAGCAACCUCAUAUGCACAAGAUUAAACCUUCGGAUCAAUGGCUCCUAGCAUUUCUCCGAGGCAGCAAAUUCAGCCUGGAGAGGAGUAAAGAGAAGCUGGAUAUGUACUAUACUUUAAAAGGGCUCGUUCCAGAGUUUUUUGCGAAUAGAGACCCACUCGACACCGGACUGCAAGAAAUGCUCAGACUAGGAGCGUUUUUACCAUUAAAGAAUUGCGAAGGGGAGGAUUCGUGUCGCACUUGCAUCGUCAAAAUUGGUGUAUUGAACUCCACCCAGUACAACCUCUCAGAUAUGCUGAAAGUAGCCUUCAUGAUCACGGAGAUUCUCAUGCUGGAAGACGACAACUUUGCAGUCUCUGGUGAGCAAGUAAUCGUAGAUAUGAAGGAUGUAGGUGUCAGCAUACUGAGCCAGUGGACCCCAGCGUUGGCAAAAAAAGUAAUCUCUUGCUUCGAAAAAGCCUUACCCGUGCGCAUGAGAAGCACGCAUAUGCUGAACACUCCCACGGGUUUUGAAGCAGCUUACACUAUUUUCAAAACGUUCCUAGGAGAAAAAUUAAAGAAACGGAUUCAGGUUCAUAACCAAGAUUAUGAGGCUAUGCACAAAUCGAUCCCAAAAUCUGUGCUUCCAGUCGAGUAUGGAGGCGAUGACGGCUCUCUGCAAGAACUCAUAGAUUACUGGAAAGUCAAAGUGGAAAGUUAUCGCGAUUGGUUUAUUAAAGAGGAAAAGGCGAUCACAGACGAGCCCAAACGACCGGGAAAACCGAAGACGUCCUCCGAGCUAUUUGGCCUCGAGGGCUCCUUCAGAAAACUAGAAGUCGAUUGAAUUGCAUUUACCAUGAUAAUAAAGUUUAUGUUGUGUUUGUUUUAAAUUUAUAUUUGAACAUAAAAAAAUCAUUGAAACGCUAACAAUGUGAUUUUAUUCUUAGUACCUACAUAAGUAAUUCAUUAUACUUAGAUUAAGACUUAUUAGUCGAGGAGAUUAGUGUUAUGCACUAAAUUGUUCCAGAGUUUUUCUUCUACUUCUCCAACCAAGGGUUUGUCAGAUUCAAUUGUCUUAAAAAUAUUGGUAUAAAAGCACCCUAUUGGGUAGAAUAUAUUUUACUCUAGUGGCAUUUUAGGCUAUAGCCUAAAAUGAUAAAUUAAAAUUAACUAUAACAUUGUAUACUUAAAUGUGAAUCUAUGACUUGUUUUUAAUGUAUUUUUAAUUAGUUUAUUAAAGAAAAUAAAGAAUCUAAGCCAAUGCUAAA